AUGGCGGCAUCGGCGGCCCACGUCGCGGCGCUGGCCGCCGUCCUCCUCUUCAUCCCUUCCCUCCUCGCCACUGUCGCCGCGCAGCAGGGCAAGGCCAAGGCCUUCUGCAUCAGCCAGUUCGCCAUCGCCAGUCAGGCCUGCUCCAUCCUGCCGCCCAGCCCCCCGGAGGACGACCAUCACCACCACCACGACGAUGAUGAUGACGACGACGACGACGACGAGCACCAUGGCGGUGACGGUGACCGCCGCCUCCGUGGACGCCAUGGCCACGCGGCGGUCAUCAACAUCUCGUCCCUUGGCCUGAUGGCGGCAAACAACGACAGCAGCGGCGUUGACGUUGCAAGAAACGGCACCGGUCACCAUGGUGGCAACCACACCCGCCACGGGCGCGGGCGCAGACGCGGGCGCGGGCGUCUUCGUGGUACUGGACACGGCCGGCGUGGGCGUGUGCGCGACGGUAAUGAGGACCCCGACCAUGACGACGACCACGAGGAGGACCCCGACCAUGACGACGACCAUGACGACGACGAUGACGACGACGACGACGACGACCACGAGCACAAUGACGACGACCACGAGCACCACCACGACGAGGAGCUCCGGGCGUACCGCGACUGCUGCCGGUGGCUCCAGGAGGUGCAGAAGGACUGUGUGUGCGAGGCGCUCCUGCGGCUGCCGCCGUUCCUCGUAAAGCCACAGCACAAGUACGUCGUCCGGGUUGGGCGGACGUGCCGGAUCGUCUACCGCUGCGGCGGCGUGUAG